AUGGCCAACACACUCACGUCCGUCAAUGGAAUUGCACUCAUCACCGGAGCCGCAGCUGGCAUAGGUGAAGAAGUAGGAUACGCGUUUGCCGAGGCUGGUGCAUCGGGGGUGGUUUUCGCCGAUAUCAAUUACGAGCAGGCCGCAGAAAAUGCAGAGAAGAGCAAAGCCCAUGCUACGAAUCCGAAAUAUCGAGCUCUCGCUAUCAAAGUCGACGUCAGUGAUCCAGCUAAUGUACAAGAAAUGGUGGAUUUCACCGUUAAGGAGUUCGAUAGAAUCGACUAUAGCGUUAAUAGUGCUGGUCUCGGAGCUACAUCGCUUGCCCCAACCGCAGAUCUUGACAUCGACAACUUCGACUCAAUCAUCAAGGUAAAUACUCGAGGGGUUAUGCUAUGCAUGCGUGCCGUUACCAAGGCUAUGAUUGCGCAAGAACCCAAAGUUCAUACUGGCCGACAUGGAAAGGAACGCAGCCUGGGUCGUGGCUGUAUUGUCAACAUUGGCUCCAUGGGAUCGUAUGCUGCUGCCCCCAGCAUGAUGGCAUAUAUAGGAUCAAAACAUGCGUUGUUGGGCAUGACUAAAGUUGCUUGGAAGUCCUAUCCCGUGCCUUAG